CUUUUAGGUUAAGUUGCGCUGAUUUGAAUAUCGACCUUUAUUUUAUAGAUAAAAAUGUAAUUAAAAGGCAGAUAACGAUGGUCGUUCGAAGAUUCCUGUCCACCUUCUGGUUCAUUGUAAGACACCCAAAGCAAUUCUACAAGACGAAAGUGAGCGGACCCCUCAUAAAGUUCGUCUAUGAGACCGUACAACUGUACAGGCUACGGACGAGGAAGGGCAUCGACAGCGUGCGAGAGCUCUUUUUGAGAGGGACAAUCGUUGCGGCCGCGACCUCCGUCUUGGUAUGGCUGUCGAUUUUUAUGUACAUGGCUUUUUACUACGUGUACGUGCCGACGAUUUCGCACGAACGGCCUGUGUUCCUCCAAUUUAAGGCGUGUCAGGACGCCAAGGGCAUAUGCAGUUUCCCAUCGGCGCACAUACAACUGACGAAACGUCAGCAACUGCUCAUGUACGGCCAACCGUACAAGAUCCAUCUCGAACUGGAAAUGCCGGAGUCACGUACGAAUCGCGAGCUCGGCAUGUUUAUGGUGUGCGCCGACUUUCGCGGGCAGGACGGGUCGCUGGUCACCAGCUCGUGUCGUUCGGCGAUGCUGCACUAUCGUAGCGUCGUGAUCGACACCUUGUACAAGCUUGUGUUUAUACCGCUUUUUAUACUGGGCACCGUCGAGGAGAAGCAGAAGGUAUAUGUUGAGCUGUUCGCGGAAUAUGAGGAUAAAGAGACCGCUCCAGUGACGGACGUUUAUCUUGAAAUACAGACGAAGUACAUUCAGUUGUACUCGGCGAAAUUUUUCAUUAACGCCCAAUUCUCAGGAUUGCGCUACUUUAUGUUCCAUUGGCCGCUCGUUUCCGCGACAAUAGGUAUCACUUCGAACCUAUUUUUUAUUGCCAUCGUCUGUAUCAUCACAUGGUACCAGCUUAUACUCUCCGACGAUUAUAGGAACUACGAGAGCGGCAUCGCGGCGAAUCGCCGACUCGAAUACUUCAAGGGAAACGUCGAGGAUGAUUCAUCUUCGUUCGAUGAAGAUACUUCGUUUCUUCAAGAGGCGAGUGGGAAUGAGAAGGAUUAUUUGGAGGAAAGAAAAAUCUUGGACGACAUUAAGCCGGUAACUGUCGAACAAUGAUGUCGAGAUUCUUUGUUUCUAAUGUUAGAGUUUAUGUAUUGUUGAAUCAUUUUAGCCAAGAGUACUUUUAUACUGCUAAUUGUUUGAUUAUCUGUUUUUUAUGCGUAUUUAUUGAUAUUAUAAGUAAUGUUCAACUUU